UACCAUCUCUCUGUCUGUCUCUCUCUCUCUCUCUCUGACGGCGGCCUUCCUCCGUCACCUGCAAUAUGUUGCCAUUGCCUCGAGCUUUGGGCGUUCUUGCAGUAAUGCCGUUAAUUUUGGCGGCGAUCACGGAGCCGCAGGUCGUUCGGGCCGCGGAGGCGCCGUCGAGCGACUGCGCCGAGACGCUGGUGGCUUUCUCGCCGUGCCUGCCGUUCGUGUCGUCCUCCCCGAACAACCUGACGUCCUCUCCACCUCCCGGCUGCUGCAAGCCCGUGAAUGACGCCUUCCGGACGGACGCCGCCUGCCUCUGCCAUCUCGUCUUCAACCGUUCGCUCCUCGGCUUCCCCCUCAACGUCACGCGGCUCGUCGCCCUCUCCUCCCUCUGCCGCUCGUCUCCCGGCGACAAUCGAGACGACGAUUCGUCGUCGCUCUCCCGCCUCUGCUUCUUCCGAUCUGGGGCAUUGCCACCAUUCCACUCAGGAUCUGCGUCCUCCUUUGCACAUCAGAAUGAAGCACCCGCCCCUGCAAUGGCACCGGAAACUGCCGGAUUAUCACUGGCACCAUCAGCUACCAGCAACCAUCACCGCCAGAUCCUCCCCGGGGCUCUCAUUGUUCUUGUUAUGAACUUCUGCUUCUCCUUUGCAUCUUGAAUGCUUCCCUUCUCUUGUUUUCAUCGAACUUCCAGAAUGAGCCAGAGCAUGUAUGAAUGAAUUGAAUAUAUCCUUGCAUUCAAGGAAAUAACAAAGCGCCCCUAUGAGUUUUGCAUUC